UGGCCUUCUCCAUAUUUAAACGACCCUCGAAUGCAGAUUGCGUAGUGACAUGGCGUUGAAUUUCCGUAUGGAUUUGGUGGAGCUUUUGAAUCAGAUUGGAGUGUUAGCAUUCAUUAAUGGUGGAGAGGAGGGAAGGGCUCUCUACAAUGCAUUUGUAACUGGUAGAGUUUGCUAUGAAGUUUACAAAAGACUUUCUGUGUCCCAAGCUGAUGUUCUUAGGGCAGAGACUGUAAUUCGGAUCAGUCAGUAUGUGAAGAGUCACCCACAAGCAAGUCAAGCACAAUUAAAAGCUGAAGUGGAAAAGGAAAUAAAGAUAUUUGCACAGAAGGUUGCUCAACUUGAGGGAAUGUAAUGAUUGAAUCGGCGAGAUUCAUUUUGUGGAUGUAAUUAUUAGCUAUAAACAAAUCCUUUUAACUGACUGUAAAUUGCAUGCUGUAAUUGUACACUUCGCAUUCUGUUAAUCUUCAUUUCCUGUUCCUUUACCCCACAUAAUUUAUGACAGUAGAGCACUUUAAUUUGUAUGUAGUUAUUAAUUUAAAAAACACAGAUCACUUUGUGGCUUUACUAAAAUGUCCUGAAAAUCCUUUAGAGCAAGUUUUUUUAUGGUUGGUUAGUAACAUUUAGCAUGUCAACUGUCAAAUGGCCUAAAUUUAGUAUUGACUGUAAACCAUCAAAAAUGCAAGAUUUUUCACUAAUCAUCAAUAAAGCCAGCUAGAGUUAGUUUUCAAACAUUUCAGACUUAAAAUGGAGUUCAUUAUUCUGUAUUUUACUGUAAGCUUUGGCUGACAAAAAAUUAAGUCAAAUACAGGUCAUUUGUACUCGCAUUUGAAACAACUGAACUCUUUGACUUCAUCUGAAAACUCUUUCACAUUUGAUGAAUUACACCUCUGUAUUUAGGAUUUGUGUUAUUUGGUUUACCAGCAUCACUUCUGUACAUACCACUUGUUUUGGCUUAGGCUGUUCCAGUUUUCACACUACCACUACUAUCAUGUCAGUUACUAUUUGGCUGUUUCACUCACUGAAUGCCUAGAACAGGCUCAUUUUACUUGAAAAUUCUGUAUGCAUUUGAAAUUCGCUAUUACUUUUUUAAGAAUUUUUCAAAAACUUUGUCUCUAGUUCUUGAAAACAAUUUCAUUUGAUGUUGCAACCAAUGUAUAGGAAUUGAAAAAGUAAAGCUUUGAUUUAAAAAGUUGAAAUGUCAUUGCAGAAUAUUAAGCAUCAACUUUUGAAGUAGCCUUUAAACUGUCAGCUUUUGAAGGUUCUAUUUCACAGAGACCCUAUUUGUACAUUUCUUUAUACAUAUCUUUCCUUGAGGUGAUAGGGUUAGUGUGAUGGUGUAGUUGGGUAGCUGGUUGCUUGGUUAAUUUUGUACUGGUACUUGUCACUCAUCAAAGUAAUAAAUUGGUCAUUUGUGUUACAAGAA